AUGAAGCACAUUACUGAGAAGUACAUUGGCUCAACUAUGAAUGGCGCAGUUAUUACCGUCCCUGCCGAUUUCAACAUCCUGCAAUGUCAGGCAACCAUUGAUGCUGGAGAGAUUGUGGGAAUUAAUGUUUUACGCAUCAUCGGCAAGCCAACGACUGCUGCUAUUGCUUACGGUCUUGAUCAUGUGGAAGCAUCACGGGGAAGAGGAAUGUCCUCAUUUUUUACCUCGGAGGCGACUAGAAUCGAGAUUGAUUACCUGUUCCAGGGCAUUGACUUUUUUGCAAGUGUUACUAGGUCUAAAUUUGAGGAGUUGAACUCGGAUUUGUUUGUAAAGUGUAUGGAUACGGUUGAAAAAUGUUUGGCUGAUGCACAGAUAAAUAAGAAUGCGGUGGAUGAUGUUGUCCUGGUAGGUGGCUCGAGCAGGAUUCCAAAGAUUCAGCAAAUGUUACAAGACAUUCUAAAUGGGAAGGAGCUCUGCAAUAAAAUCAACCCAGAUGAAGCUGUUGCUUUCGAUGCAGCAGUUCAAGCUGCAAUCUUGAGUGACAAGGGUAAUGAGAAGGUUCAGGGCUUUAAGCUUGUCGAAGUUCCCCCGUUAUCUCUUGGUAUUCGAUACAAAGGAGAUGUUAUGGAGGUGAAGUUAAGACUAUCAGCCUCAAAAGUGGAAGCAUAUCGAUUAUCGAGAGAUGAAAUCGAAAAGAUGAUAAAAGAAGCUAAAAUGUAUAAGGCCGAGGAUGAGAAACACUGGAAGAAGCAUGAAGCACGGUUGGACUUUGACACAUUUGUUUGUCGAAUGAGGGCUAAAAUUAAGUCUUCUACUGACCCAAAAAAGGCUGAGGAUGCAAUUAACAAAGCCUUCCAGUGGUUGGAUGCAAAGCAAGAGCUCGCUGAAGUCAAUGAAUAUGAAGAGAAGAAGAGCUGCAGGCUCUCACUUAGAACCCAAGGGCUUACCACUAUUUCAUUGGUUAAGGAUGGAUUAGAUUGGAUCGAGUAGCAGACGCCGGCAUCAAUUGAUGCAACUUUUUAUAGUUUUACGUUUUGAUUAUUUUCUCGGAAUGACUUUGCACCGUAGACAUUACUUAUAGAUCUUCCCUAUUUCUGUAUUCUUUUUUUCUUGAAUGGAAAAAUUUGAAUAUUUGCAGGAGAUGUUUCUACUGUUAUUAUCAAGUUUUUGCAGAUCUAGAGCUUUUUGUUUACUGAUGCCUUGUUGAAAUUAUUUAUGAAAGAGCUUUUUAUUCACAUAAACUACUACUACCGGUCGUGAUAUCUUUCUCAGUUUUACAGAAG